UUGACCACUUUUACCAACCACAUUAUUGAAUGCCCCCCUCUGCCCAUCCACUACAGCCACACAUGUCAUAUAGGUAAAAAGAGAGACUGGGCUGUAUGUGUGAUCACGGAGCAGAAUCGGCAGGAUGACCGGCGUGGGGAAAUGCGAGUCCGAUGUGAACAACCAAGCACCAGCGCUCUGGGGAUUAACGCCACGCUUCGGCGUCGCUUCCGCGUCCGGUGUGUUCCCGGCGUAACAAUGGUUUUUCUUGAGUCGCCUUCAGUGUGCACGGCCACCUACACGAUCAGGAAAACCUCGUGCUACCGGUGGUUCAGUCGUUUCAGUGAUAGUUACAACGGUUUGGCCGUAAAUCGACUUUCUCUGUCGGGAGGUUACUGCCAUUAAUUAAUGCAUCAUUUUGAUAGAUCUGUCUGAUAAAACAUUUUAUGUACAUGAAUGGAAAUGGUAUUAAAUCAGUCUUUUUGCUCCGUAUUGUAACUCUGUUUUUUUAUCAUCCUUUUUAAGGUGUGGCUCAUGAGAUGGCAAUGCAAACUCUGCACAUUUGAGGAUUCUUCAAGAGGGGAGCUUCUCAAGCAUUAUCGCGUCAAGCACGGUACUUUUGGUCGUGGCUAUUCUGUACCCUGUCUUCAUUUAAGCUGUCCUUGCUCCUUCAAGACAUGGGGUGGCCUGCGUACACACUUGUCUAGAUCCCACAAUUUACAGGAAACUGAAGAGUGUGAAGGUCGAAGCUCCGAAGCCUUGGAUUUCCUGAGGUUGUCUGCAACUCACUUAAGAACAAGCACCCGGAUGACAGGUCUGCUGCAAAGAAUAUAAAGAAAGCACGGAAAGGAGAAGUGGUGUUUCUCCCACACUAUCCUGCAGGAGACAGUAAGGAACAACAAGAGCUGGACCGAAACCAACUAAUCACUGAAUCAAAGAAGAGAGAGAGCACAGUCAUCAAGGACUUGAUGUGCAGAACUUUUGCACAUAGGAGACAUGAGGUUGUCACCCUACAGAUGAGCAUCAGUGACAUCAAGGACAGAUGGCCCGCCUUGUUUGAUGUCUCGCAAGUUAGUGCAGAGUUUCAGAGGAUCACCACACUGAAUCUUGAGCCAAAAUUCAUGGCAAUGUUGGACUUCUAUACACCUAAACUGCUGUCCUUGUUUCAAACGAAGAAAGGUGCUGCAGGAGAGAGACAUCGGGCACAAAUGAGUGUUCUACUUAAGAGUGGAAUCCCCAUUCAACAGACCCGGGAUGUUGUCAUCCGAUGUCUCAUCAAUCACUUGGGAGAAGAUGCCAGUGCCUUGUUCAAGGACUUUGAGGAUGCUGCUGAUGGAUCUGCCAGUGUUCAAGAGGAGUUGGCAGAAGAGGUCAUGAAGAUUUACCUGCUGCGGAAACAAGAUGGGUCAUUGGAUGUCGGGAUUGUCAUUGAGGGCAACACUGUCCUCAGCAGUCUUGGAGAUGUUAGCAGGGCCUGCUGCUAUCUUUUGGGACUGACGUACGCGUUAGAUCUGCAAUACGCCAAGAACCUCAAACAUAGUUUUGAGGUAUUCCAGAAAGUACUGCUGGAGCUGGAUUCUGGAAACCUUUCCAACAAGGUUCAGAGACUAAAGAAUUACCUCUGUAUGUAGUGACUGGCUACUGUUCAGCAAGAUGCUCUCUUAGUUAGGGAAUUUUUCAUUGGCAAGUCUAAAGUUUAGCUGAUGUACUGUUGUCUUAAUGUUUACAUAAGACUUAAGGUUUCCAUUCAUAGUGAAAUUGCAUGUUGGACUGUUCUUGUUUUCUGAUGUGGAACUUUAAUGUGAAAUAUCAUUGUUUUUGGUGCAUUUCAGGAGGAUGCAAAAUGUUGUCCUUGGUGCAUUUUAGACAUGCAAAAUGUCAUUGUUCUGUUCAGACCCAACCAGACCAGUCACACCCCCUGAGGGACUCAUUAUGGCUCCUGGUCACCGCCUGGUAGAGAGUUUAGUUAAAGCAACAAAAAGAAAACAGAGAUAAAUAUGGAGGAUGUAGCUAUUUGUCUUUACUCAGACCCAAUAAGUGAAACAUAAAGACAAGAAAGACUAGUAUAAGUAUAUUCAUGUUAAGAUGCUUUAAAAAGAGAUUUGAUUGGUUUGGCAAUACACUUUGACUGU